AAUUUGUCGAAUUUUCCAUAGAGGUAGGAGGAUGAAUUCAUUGACCUCAGAUUUAAAAGACUUUGAAAACUCCGCAACUGCCUCGUUUCUGCUGAUUUCUUUGAUCUUUUCCUCUUUCACUUCUGACUUUUUUUUUUCUUUUUAUUAUUUUUUAUUAUUCAUUAUACCUUUUUAAAUUUUUUUUUUUUUAACUAGUACACUUGUUGUCUUCUUCUUCUUCUUUGGAGUUUUUGAACGAAAAAGAAAGGACCCAGAUCAGUUACUGAAGAGUACACAGGGAGGGAUUUGGAUUAUAAUGAAUAAACACUUGGUUUUAGUCAGUGUAUGAUUGAUUUCUCAAAAGUAACUCAAAUUGAGGUGUUGGAGAUUGAUUGUUUUCAAGAAAUCCCAAGUGAAAUUCGUGGUGUUUGGAUACUGAGAAUCUGUGAGGAAAUUGGAGGAUGUCAGCAGUGCAAGAUCAGCUAGAGAUCAAGUUCCGGUUGAAUGAUGGGUCGGACAUUGGCCCGAAAAGCUUUCCUGCUGCCACAAGUGUUACAACCUUGAAGGAAAGCAUCCUUGCUCAAUGGCCUAAAGACAAGGAGAAUGGUCCAAGGACAGUGAAAGAUGUCAAGUUGAUUAGUGCAGGAAAAAUUCUGGAGAACAACAGAACAGUGGGAGAUUGCAGAAGCCCAUUAUGUGAUGUUCCUGGGGGAGUUACAACCAUGCACGUCGUAGUUCAACCUCCACCAUUGGAUAAUGGAAAGAAAGUGUCAAAUGAACAAAUGCAGAACAAGUGUGCAUGUGUUAUUUUAUAAAUUGCUGUUUGGAGGGCCGGAAAAGCUUCAUUGAUAAAGAAUUCCAGAGUUGGCAUAGAUUUUCAAAUCAUUGAAUUGCUAACCAACGAGGGCUAGUUGGUCAUCAAUUUUGGAGCAGGUUCAUGUGUCUAUAGGAAAUUUCUUGUGCAACAGAUACCACGCUGGUGUACCUGUUACAGAAAAGAAUACCACUGUGUGUGAUGUUGAUUUCACUUCCAUUUUGCAAAUGUUAUGUUUAUUUGUUAAGUUUCACCACACAUCUCUACAUCUUCUUUUAAGAGGAUUCUUCGGUUCAAUUUUUUAAAUGGGAAAACUUGUGACAUGUUCUGAUAAUAUGAUUUAUAGUUGCACAAUCUGACCUGCCAGUGCAAUUUAAUUUUUCCAAGCACCCUCAUUUAAGAAGAAGUAGAAUAUGAUGAUUGAUAUAUUCAAUUAAUGCAGUGAUGACUUUGUA